UGGCCGGGCGCUUUCUUCGAGGACUUUUGAGACCCAUUCACCGGUGGAAUGUAUGGUGGAAUGUAUGGUGCAAUGAGUAUAUUCAAUCAACGGACCUGAAAUACACUCCCCUCUCACCUUUCCCAAUCACUCGACGGCGACCGCGAACGAUAACGCCAGGAGAAUGAUGGAGGCGCUGAUGUCGGCCGCAGUUCUCACAAGACGUUGAGAGCGACGGGAUGGCAUAGCUUGGUAUUAUCAUGAAUGUGUAGAAUCUCAGGGCAUGUGAAUAGAAGGCAAAACUCGACCCGAAACGGUCUCGGAACGGGCGCUGUCAACAGCAGACGCGUUACGCGUUGGACUGGUCUGUUCUCCGCUUAACAGCUUGUUGGUUGUCCACCACGGGACGGUAGUUUCCAAGGAAAGGCUGGAUCGGGCACACAGUCCACCCAAACAAACCCACCCACACCACCACCGUCACCACUCGCACCCACCCCUGCCGAAAAUAUGCCAACCGAAGACCCCCCCACCGACGCCUCCCGCGCCCACUCCGCAACAACGGACUCCGCCCCACCCACCCGCGCCCCGACCGGCCACACCAAACCCUCCAGCUCCCGCAACAACCUCGCCAUGUCGCGCGCAGGCAGCCGGAUGAAUCUCUCGGAACCGCGCGGAGCAGGAGGCGCCCCGCAGAGCGCACGCACGGUCGCGGAUGCGCCUGUGAACGCGGUGGUGUUUGAGAACACGUUUAAGUUGAAGCCGGAUCGGAAGUUUCAGAGCGAGACGGUCCGCCGCAUCGCGGAGGAGAUCCUGCACCGCAACUUGACGAAACAGAAGUACGAAGGCGGGAAGUCGCCCAUACUUGCGCAGAGUAUUUCAAACGAGAUUCUGGGGGCGGUUAAGAAACUGGACUAUGAGCGCUACAAAAUCGUGGUGGACGUAACCAUCGGCGAGUUUAAAGGACAGGGGAUCAGGGUUGCCUCGCGCGCGGUGUGGGAUACAACGACGGACUCGUAUGCUUCGGCGUCAUUCAAGAACGCGACGAUCUUUGCAGUUGCGAUUGUGUUUGGGUGCUAUUUUGAGUGAAUGGGUAGAUGCCCUGCGUUGGGCACAAUAUUCUUUUUGGACAGUAUUCUUUUUGGGAGUGUGUGGGGAGGAGGG